GAGAAGAUGCGGGGCUCCGGGCCCCGGGGUGCGGGACGCCGGCGGCCCCCGGCCCGCACUCCCGCGUCGCCGGCCGGCUGCUGCUGUCCGCCACGCAGAGCCCCGCUCUGGACGUGCCUGGUGCUGUGCGCCGCGCUGCGGACGCUGCUCGCCAGCCCCAGCAGCGAAGUGAAUUUGUUGGAUUCACGCACUGUCAUGGGGGACCUGGGAUGGAUUGCUUUUCCAAAAAAUGGGUGGGAAGAGAUUGGCGAAGUUGAUGAAAACUACGCUCCUAUCCACACAUACCAAGUAUGCAAGGUGAUGGAACAGAAUCAGAAUAACUGGCUGUUAACCAGUUGGAUCUCCAACGAAGGUGCUUCCAGAAUCUUCAUAGAACUCAAAUUUACUCUGCGGGACUGUAACAGUCUUCCUGGAGGCCUGGGGACCUGUAAGGAAACUUUCAACAUGUAUUACUUUGAGACUGAUGAUGAGAAUGGGAGGAGCAUUAAGGAAAACCAGUACAUCAAGAUCGACACCAUUGCAGCCGAUGAGAGCUUUACAGAACUUGAUCUUGGGGACCGGGUCAUGAAACUGAACACAGAGGUCAGAGACGUGGGCCCUCUCAGCAAGAAGGGAUUUUAUCUUGCUUUCCAAGAUGUGGGAGCCUGCAUCGCUCUGGUUUCUGUGCGUGUGUACUAUAAAAAAUGCCCUUCAGUGGUGCGUCACUUAGCUGUCUUCCCGGACACCAUCACUGGAGCAGACUCUUCACAGUUGCUUGAGGUGUCGGGCGCCUGUGUCAAUCAUUCUGUCACAGAUGACCCCCCCAAAAUGCACUGCAGUGCUGAAGGGGAGUGGCUGGUGCCCAUCGGGAAGUGCAUGUGCCAGGCAGGAUACGAAGAGAAAAAUGGCACCUGUCAAGUGUGCAGACCGGGGUUCUUCAAAGCCUCGCCUCACAGCCAGACCUGCAGCAAAUGCCCACCUCACAGUUACACCCAUGAGGAAGCUUCCACCUCUUGUGUCUGUGAAAAGGAUUAUUUCAGGAAGGAAUCUGAUCCGCCCACAAUGGCAUGCACAAGACCCCCGUCAGCUCCUCGGAAUGCCAUCUCAAAUGUUAAUGAAACUAGUGUCUUUCUGGAAUGGAUUCCGCCUGCUGACACUGGUGGAAGGAAAGAUGUGUCCUAUUCUAUUGCAUGCAAGAAGUGCAGCUCGCAUGCAGGUGUGUGUGAGGAGUGUGGCGGUCCUGUCAGGUACCUCCCCCAGCAAAGCGGCCUGCACAACACCUCUGUCAUGGUGGCCGAUCUGCUUGCGCACACAAACUAUACCUUUGAGAUUGAGGCAGUGAACGGAGUGUCCGCCCUGAGCCCAGGAGCCCGGCAGUUUGUUUCUGUAAAUGUGACCACAAAUCAAGCAGCUCCCUCUCCAGUCACCAAUGUGAAAAAGGGGAAGAUUGCAAAAAACAGCAUCUCUUUAUCUUGGCAAGAGCCGGAUCGCCCCAAUGGAAUAAUCCUGGAAUAUGAAAUCAAGUAUUUUGAAAAGGAUCAGGAGACCAGCUACACUAUUAUCAAAUCGAAAGAGACCACUAUCACCGCGGAGGGCUUGAAGCCAGCUUCAGUGUACGUCUUCCAAAUUCGAGCACGAACAGCAGCGGGCUACGGUGUCUUCAGUCGAAGAUUUGAGUUUGAAACCAUCCCAGUGUCAGUUGCAGCGUCCAGCGAUCAGAGCCAGAUCCCUAUCAUUGCUGUGUCAGUGACCGUGGGAGUCAUUUUGUUGGCGGUGGUUCUCGGCUUCCUCCUCAGUGGAAGUUGCUGCGAAUGCGGCUGUGGGAGGGCUUCUUCCCUGUGCGCUGUUGCCCAUCCAAGCCUAAUAUGGCGCUGUGGCUACAGCAAAGCAAAGCAGGACCCCGAAGAGGAAAAGAUGCAUUUUCAUAAUGGGCACAUUAAACUGCCUGGAGUAAGAACCUAUAUUGAUCCACAUACCUAUGAAGACCCCAACCAAGCUGUCCAUGAAUUUGCCAAGGAGAUUGAAGCAGCCUGUAUCACCAUCGAAAGAGUUAUUGGAGCAGGUGAAUUUGGUGAAGUUUGUAGUGGGCGUUUGAAACUUCCAGGGAAGAGAGAACUACCUGUGGCUAUCAAGACCCUGAAAGUAGGCUACACUGAAAAGCAACGCAGGGACUUCCUAGGAGAAGCAAGCAUCAUGGGACAGUUCGACCAUCCCAACAUCAUCCACUUAGAAGGUGUUGUGACUAAAAGUAAACCAGUGAUGAUAGUAACAGAGUACAUGGAGAACGGCUCCUUAGAUACAUUUUUAAAGAAGAACGAUGGGCAGUUCACCGUGAUUCAGCUUGUGGGCAUGCUGAGAGGCAUUGCAGCGGGAAUGAAGUACCUUUCAGAUAUGGGCUAUGUGCACCGAGACCUCGCAGCCAGGAACAUCUUAAUCAACAGCAACCUUGUGUGCAAAGUGUCUGACUUUGGACUCUCGAGGGUCCUGGAAGAUGAUGCUGAGGCGGCCUACACUACAAGGGGAGGCAAAAUUCCCAUCAGAUGGACUGCCCCAGAAGCCAUAGCUUUCCGAAAGUUCACCUCUGCCAGUGAUGUCUGGAGCUAUGGAAUCGUGAUGUGGGAGGUGGUGUCCUACGGAGAGAGACCCUACUGGGAGAUGACCAAUCAGGACGUGAUCAAGGCGGUGGAGGAGGGCUACCGGCUGCCCAGCCCCAUGGACUGCCCCGCCGCGCUCUACCAGCUCAUGCUGGACUGCUGGCAGAAGGACCGCAGCAGCAGGCCCAAGUUUGAGGAGAUCGUCAACAUGCUGGACAAGCUGAUCCGCAACCCCAGCAGCUUGAAGACGUUGGUGAACGCGUCGAGCAGAGCAUCCAGUCUGUUGGUGGAACAUGGAUCCCUGGGGUCUGGGGCCUACCGGUCAGUAGGUGAAUGGCUAGAAGCAAUCAAGAUGGGCCGCUAUACAGAGAUUUUCAUGGAAAAUGGAUACAGUUCAAUGGACGCUGUGGCUCAGGUGACCUUGGAGUGAGUAAUUUUUCUGCUAAUCUUUGCACAGUUGCCAGGGCUUAAAAAAAAAUUGCUCAGAACCCAGUCUGGAUGAGAUCGAGGGAACCUGUUCCCCUGUGUCUGUGUGCGGUGGCUUCCAGGGAAGCCUCCUCCUCCUUAGCCUGUAUUGUUAACAACUGCAUGGUUCUUGCUCCUUGUGGCCAGCGUCUUUGCUUCUUUGCUUCAAACAAAUAGUAUUUGAAUAAUGGGACUAAGAGUUCCUUGGCAAAGUACUUGUGUUGUGGAAAGAUCUUUUCUUGACAGAAUUUUAUACUUGUCCUAUGUUCAAUGUAAAUACCAAACAGAACAAACUGUAAGCACAAUUGGUGUGGCUAUGCUAUACAACAGCAGGACGGAUUCCUAAAGUGCAGCUCUCUGUGACAAACACCCGAGUCAUGAGUCGGACAGGAAUGUCAUUUCAUGGCUGAGUGGUGCACUGUAGAUUCCUAAGAUCCAAGACUAUCUCACAUCCUGCCUCUGAUGUAUCAUUUGGUACAAUCUCAGUGGAACCAGUUGUGCCCUUUCUUGUGUGCACGUUUAAGAUGAAGUUUAUUAAAUCUAUUGAAAUGAAAAGUCACUAGAAUUCAAUAUGAAAUUAUUUAAGGUUGUAAGUCGUUUGUAUUUUAUUCUAUACUCUGUAUGUGUGAUUAUUUCAGCCUAAUUGUUAUUUGUGAAAACUGUCCUUAUGGUGGCUCCAUCUAGGUGACAUUAAUAAUAAUAAUAAUAAUAAUAAUAAUAAUGUUUUAACCUGUGAAUACAAUAACACACUUCAUAUUACCUACAGAUUCAAAGGUUAAAAUAUUGUUGUAAAGAUUAGAAAAUGUUAGAUUGUCUAAGUCACUAAGCCAUAGUUGUCACUUAAUUUCUUCGUUUCUGUACACAUCGGACAGUUGUGUACUUUUCUGGCAUUCUUCAAUUCACUGAAUUCACUGCUGAUCUCCACGAAAGGUAACAGGGUACCAUCAUUAUCACAAUGAAUGUCACACUCUCAGCCUUCUCCUUGUUCACAUCAAAGCUAAACAAACCUAAAACCACAAGCUCUCUCCCUGCUUUUUAAAAUGCAUUCAACGUCAUUCUUACUGUCACUAUCAAAUCAUAACUACCUAACGACAUGUAGUCUCUGUCCAUUAUUUCUUUGGACAGUCAAAUGAACUUAUGUGUGGUCUAUUUAAAAUAGUAUGCUGAAAAAUUUACUGAUAAUGUCAAGCUAUUUUUACAUGACUGCUAUUUAAUUUUCAGUAAAAUGGUCAUUUUAAUUUAUUAAAGUCAUUUGUCAUUUUAUAUUAAAAUGAUACUGUAGGUAUUUCUUUUACCCAAUGUCAGAUUACUUGUAAAUAUAUAAUAAAAUUAUUUGCAUUAAA